AUGUUUUCUUCAGCUAAGAAGCAGUUCAAUCUAGCAAAAGGUGACCUCCCUUAUGCUUUUUCACCAUUGCCCCAGGAAUCUUGUGCAGUUACUAUACAAGACGAACCCAUUUCUUCACAAGCUGAAGAAAAUUCGCCCCAGCCCUAUCCUCCACACUCCAAUGGUUCAGCAACCAGGUUGUUCAAGGAGAUCAUCCGUUAUGCGGGACUGCUAGCCUGUAUGGGAAUUCUUUUUUACGGAGGAUACCGGCGAGCCAUUGACAUUAGUUUCACAUAUCCAUCUCCUGUUCUGGAUGCCAACUCAUUAACUAUAUCUAACCUUAAUAUCCUGAACUCCAAGUUGGUAGGUGUUUGGGAUGUUAACAUCACGUUUGGGCAUUCCUUCGGGGAUGAUGCAGAGGUUACAUACUACGAUCUCUUCGCGGGUUCCAUCUAUUAUAAGCAAGUCAAUGAUACGUGUGCAAGCAAUUUGCUUGCAAAUGUUAAUGCGAUGACACUUUACGUGCAGCAGAAGGAAGGCUCUAGGGUGCACUUAGAGUUUGCAAAUACAGGAUGGGAAGCUGACCAACCGGUUAUGGAAGAGCAAGUCAUUCAGGAAAUAGGUAAGGAACUAGAAAAUGGAGUACUGCAUUUCUCCUUGGAGAUAGAAUUUCAGGCUACAUUUCAGAAAUGGGGAGAAUUGUGGUCAGGUGCGGAUCAUAAUAGAAUUAAUAGGUACUGCUGGGAUUUAAUGGCCGGGGUUGACAGGGCCACAGGGAAAGGGAGGUUAAUUGAUGCCAAGGCUGUAAAUUGCUAUUGA